AUGUUCACAGAGACCACCUCUGGUCCUUACCUUCUCGUGGCCCAUACCACUCAUGGUACUGGUCCUGACGAUUACUGCUCGAAAACUGCUGACAGCGGCCAAGUCCACAGCUAUGGCCUCGCAGCUCGCCUUCACAAGCCGCACCGGAGACAGCAUCUACGAUUGCGGCUGACCACGAAUGGAUGCCUCGCGAAUAUGAAGGCAACAGUGCGACGACGUCUGAAUCCAGCGACAAAUAAGAUGGAGACAUCCUACCUACGAAAGGACCAGACCCCUGUCUUCAUCCAACGCGCGUGCAUGAAGUGCGAGAAGAAAGGCUACGAAAGGUGGCACUUCGACUUCGAUUGCAGGCAAGACCCGGCACUGAAGGUAUACGUCGUCGACUACGUCAACACGAUACACGGCAGCGACAUCUACGGUUGCGGCUGGCCGCGAACGGAUGCCGCAACAUCUUGCAUUCCACGCUACCACCAGUUCAAUGCCGGGGUGGAGGCCGGAGGGAGUUGGGAAGGGAGGAUGAGGAAGCGGGAGAGCGGGAGAGCAGGAGAGCAGGAGGUGGAGGAGGAGCAUGAGGUGGAGGAGGAGCAUGAGGUGGAGGAGGAGCAGGAGGUGGAGUAG